UCUGUGUUCUGUCUCUCUCACUCACUUCCCUCACACUUAUCACUCAGCUACCCAAGAUGGCGGCAGCCCCAUCCAUCCAGCCGCCGAGCGUUCACUCUUCUCUAGCCGGGGAAAGCGCACUUUCUCCGGGGAUGGACAGUCCCGAGAGUCGGCAGCAGCCGGAGGAUGAGGAAGCGGCGGCGGCAGCAGCUGCGGCAGCGGGAGCGCAGUCCUCCGACUCGGGGAUUAGUCUCCGGGACCUGCCGGACCUGGAGCCGGAGGAGAUCGAGAAGAGGCUGGCAAAAACUCGGCAGGAGCUGAGCAACAGGAGGAAAAUCCUCAUCAAGAACCUGCCGCCGGACACCACUAACCAGGAGGUCCAUGAAAUUCUCAAAGAAUAUGAACUGAAGUACUGCUUUGUGGACCGCAACAAAGGCACAGCCUUUGUGACUUUGCUGAACGGGGACCAGGCUCAGGAUGCCAUCCGCUCCCUCCAUCACAGCACUGUACGCGGACGCCUGAUCAACGUCACCCUGCAGCCCACCGACUCCCUGCUCUGCCUCACCAACCUGCCCCACACCUUCACCGCCCAGCAGUUUGAGGAGCUGGUGCGUGCCUAUGGAAACAUCGAGCGCUCCUUCCUGGUGUACAGCGAGCUGACGGGACACUCCAAGGGAUAUGGGUUUGUGGAGUACAUGAAGAAGGACUCUGCUUCUCGGGCCCGUUCUGAGCUGCUGGGCCGACCUCUGGGGGAUCGCUCAUUGAUGGUGCAGUGGAUGGACGUCAACCAGCUGAGCCAAGAGGAGAACCUGCACUCCAAAUGUCUGUGUGUGAACCGGCUGCCGCUGGACCUCUGUGACUCAGAGGAACUCGCUCAGCUCUUCUCUGAAACCUACAAACCGGUCUUCUGCCAGCUCGCUCAGGAUGAAGGCAGCCCGGUUCGAGGCUUCGGCGUUGUGGAGUAUGAGAGCUCGGAGCAGGCGGAGGCUGUGCUCAUAGAGAUGGACAGAACGCUUGUGGGAGGACAGGAAGUCCGUCUGUCACUCUGCACCCCUGGGACCUCAGGAAGAAGCACCCUGGCUGCACUCAUCGCCGCCCAGGGCAUGAUUCUGAGCAAUAGAAAAGGCUUACUACCAGAGCCCAACCUCGCCCAGCUGCUGACCAGUAUGACUAACCCCGCAGCCCUGCAGAUCCUCAUGAGACCAUACCACACCGGGAAAAGAGGAGGAAAGUACGGGCGUCACGGCAGCCUGCCAUUCCUCAGACCUCCUCUCACCACGGCCCUGCUCACGCUGGGAAAAGCACACCAGAAUGCUAUGCUCGGUAAUGGGCUUGUCCUGCAGAACCUCCUGCACAUGCAGCUCGCACAGCAGCAGCUCCUACACAUCAAAGACAAACGCAUCAGCAGCGUCUCCAGUCUGCUCGGGGACCCGUCCAGGCUGCUGAUGCAGAAAGCUUUGUCUCUGCGGCCCCCAGGCCUUGUGCCGCUAGGGAAAGGCCUCCUGGGAGACUCUCCUACUGAGCUGGGCCCAGAGUCAGUGCCACCGUCUGCCCACAAUGCCACAGUGGUUGUAUCAGCAGCAGGUGUGAUGCCAUACCUCCAGGGUCGGGCCGCUGAACAAAACAGCGUCCAUUCAAUCUCCACAGCCCCUUCUGCCACCAUCUCUUCUUCCUCCUCCACCACCUGUGACAGACAGCCAGCUCCUCCUGGGACCUUGAUGAGCGCUCAUCCACAGGGACAGAGCUACUCUUUGGGCAUAAGUAACUCAGGGUUGGGCCCCCCUCCACCAAACCCCGCUGGAGGAGUUUAUACAACAACAGGCCAACGCAACGGCGCAGAUGGUUGCACCCUGGCUGGCAUGGUGGGCGGUGGUCAGAGCUCUCUGCUGGGGGAUCCUCCCAAAGAAGUCCGGCUGCCCUCCAAUCCUUAUCUGAACCUGGCCAGUGUGAUGCCGGGGGUUGUUUUGCAAGGGUCAGUUGCAGGUAAAGCACAGGGAGGACAGCCUGGCUCAGGGGUAUACGGCACCUCGGUUACGCCUGUCGCCUCCCAAAGCUCUGGCACCUACCCCCACAGCGGGACAGCUACAACUACAGCCCAAUACACCACCGAUACCUCCACUGACUACAGCCAAUACAACCAGGCCUACACACAGGAGGCCAUGCAGCAGUGGUACCAGCACUACCAGGCAGCCCAAGCUCACACAUACAGCACUGCUGCCACGCAGGAAAGCACAGCCACAGACUACAGCAAGGAGCACACACAGCCUCCCCCGGUGACAACCUACGGGGAUUACAACUCCUACAUGCAGGCAGUCACUCAGUACUACUCCCAGCCUGCAACAGCCAACCAGGCCUACGCCACCAAGGAGGUAGAUGUGUGUAAGCCUCUCGGAGUGUCUCUGCACGCGGUCAGUAACGGAGCUGCCCCUCCGCCGGCCGUCCUUCCAGCUGCGGCCGUGCUCCCAGCCUACAGCACCCUGCCUUUAAUGCCCGGCUUCCUCGGGACGCCACACCCUGCGGCUGCCACGCCAAACCCAGUCACACACGCACACACUGCCGCCACUGACUGGAACACUUACUACUAUAACCAGACCAGAGGCCAUAAGAGGGAGUACCCUCAGCUGGCAGUACAGGAAGUGACAUCAUCAGAUGGUGCCUACAUCGGGCAGCACUCCCAGGGUCUUGGAGGGCAGUACGCCGACUACUUUAAGAGGAAGAGGCUCUAGUAAGAACCAAACCACCUUAAAGCAUAACGCUUAUGGAGGGAGGCACACACACAGCGUCUGCUGGAUGUCACAGCUCCCUCUAGUGGCCUUUCUGUGGUGGCCAUGUUGCAUCCCUGAAGUAGGUAAUUAGUUUAAUAGAAUUUGGGGUUGCAAAUGGCUCAAGUGAAAGUAAGCCAUAGUGCUCUUUGAUCCUGGCACUUAUUUACACAAACACACACACACACACACACACACACACACACACACACACACACACACACACACACACACUCACACAAAUACACACACUCAAACACGGUGUUGCUUUUGUCCUGUUCAAGCCUUAACUCUUAAACUUCAACUGUUGUUUCUCAGUGUGUCGACUGUACUUAACUUAUAUUCACUUGUACAUUUUUUCUAAUAUACUGUAAACUGAACUAUACUGUAUCUGUACGUAUAAGCUGCUUUUGUAUUUGCAGCCAGGUGACCUGUCUGUCCACCUGCCUGCUUGCUGAAACUGUCUUAGUACCUGUCUUACGGUCAGGUGUCUCCCUCUCUGUCACCUUUUUGAAAACAAAACGUGUGUCGUUUUCUUCUCUCAGUCAGUCGAACUGACAUCUGUUUGUUCUCGCUUCAGUGUCUUUCCUCUUUUCCUUUUAUUGCCCAGGUUUCUAUUUUGUAUCUCCCUUGCGGAGAAUUACGGUGUGUGAGUGGGUGUUUGUUGCGCGUGUGUGUGUGAGUGUGUGUGUGUGUUUUAAUGCAUGUUUUAUGCUUUUUCUGUAGGAAGUGUCAGCCAUUUCAAUCCCAAGGUUUUUUGGGAGCACAUCAGGAAAACAAAAAAAAGGGCCUGAACCAAUCAAAGCCCUUUAUUGUGGUGACUUACAAUAACUUCCCUUAGUGAAUGGACCUUUGUCAGCGAGAAAAUAAAAGGCUGGUGUAAAUACAGUGUAUUAUACAGAACAUAUAAAGCCAUGCGUACCAGACAAUAUCAUAUACUCUAAUGGACGUUCACUGCUCUUUUGUGAGCAAUUGUACUAAAUGAAUGAAAGGAAUACAUUUACUAAGUGUCUGAUUUUUUUGUCAAUCUAUACUGUUAUAUAUUUGUAAUAUAAUAUAAUAAUAAUAAUAUUCCAAGGCAAUUCAGAACAGUUAUUAAUAUUGAAGCAGAUUGUGUUGACUUUAAUGUAUUUUUCUUGUUUGGUUUUGAACAUUUAAGCCAAAUAUUGGGGCACAGUGCUUUCUCUUCUUUUCUCUUCUCUUCUGUCUGAUUCAACACUUUCAGGGGUUUUGGGGAAGAUUUGUCAGAAAUGUAACUGCAGCUUUACUUCCAUUUCUAGUUGCCAUUAAAGCAUACUGGUUAAGGCUGUAUAACUGUGUCCUCAAGUUAUACUAAGUACAACAAAUCAGCAGUUUUUAAGAGUGUAGUGUCUGCACACCCAAAGUGGCAAAGACAGUGAACUUUAAUAGAUAGACUAGAAAAACCUGUUAUUUUCAAAAUGUGGGAUGUUUAGUAAUAUUUUAAAGUUAUAUUAAAUUGCAUUUAUACAAUGCACUCAUUUAAUCACAAAAAAAGAUAAUACUUUAGGGUUUUCUUUUUCCUUUUUCUGGAUUCUGACUGAAAAAACAUCAUCCCACAUAUAACCACGUGUUACUUUAUCUUCGUUAUGAGCAGGGCUGCCAUUAAGGAUCAAUUUGAAUAGUGUGUCAUUUUUCUGAAUUUAUCCAUUUGUUCUGUUAAGCCUGGUUUAUACUUCAGCGUUGACCCUACGCAGCAGUAGCCGUCACAGACAUGAGCACUACAUACUUGUGUGUUGAUGUGUCCGUGUGCGUUACUCUGCGGAAACGCUUGAGGACCGUGUGGUCUCUCAGAUAGUCGUGUCGCCUGUUUCCGGCCCCGCUCGGUUUUCUUUUUCACAGCUAUUCAGAGCGUAUUAUGUUAAUUUAGAGCUGAUAUGUUGCUUUUUAUAAUACAGCAAUGAUUACAGGGAAGAAUAGUGAGGAUACAUCAGAGGAGAUUAAAUGCACGGCCGUUGGAAGGCGAUUCCGGAAGUGCUGUUAAUGCAGGAACCAAUCUCAGGCUUACGGCCCGCAUAGAUACAUUUUUGAAGAGGUGCACGUUGGUUACGUGCGUAGGCGUAUAAACCAGGCUUUGAGUCAGAACAUUUUAUAAAAUAAAAAAAAUGCUUAACUUGAAUGAAGGACACAGAAAAUAUCUACAUUUAAAAAGCUGAAAUCAGAUAGCUACGACUCUCUCUUAUAAAACCACUGUUACAAAAAUGGGUAAUCAAAACAGCUGACAGUUCAUCAAGCUUGACAGCCUUUAGAAUCAGCGCAGACCUCCUGCAUAAUGUGAUGUGUAGUAUGAAAUGUGGACACAGUCUUUAUCAUUGUGCAGGGUGAGUGAUCUAGUAUCUUUGUUCUUCUAUGCUCAGAUCAUGCUACUGUAACAUGCUAUCAUGCAUGUUUCUUUUCUUCAUGGUGUCGGUAGAGUUAAACCACACCUCCACGUUCAUCUUUAAGGGGAAGCUGAGGAGAAAAAAAGCAUCUUUUAAAUAUAAAUUUUGCAGAGCUGAUUUUUUUAAAGCUGCUUUUACAAAGGCACAGUGAAAUGAUUGUUUAUUCCUUAGAAAAGAAGAUACUUUUUUUGUUAUUGUUAGAAUCUAGCUUAGAGGAAGGAUCCCUUCACUUCAUAAAGAUUUAUUGAUGUUUAUUACAAAGUAGAGGGCUUGGUAUUUUGAUUUUACAGCUUGGACGUAAGUUUUGUCUAAGCAAAUGGCAAUAACUAAGGCUCCUGUUACUGUAGAGAGAUGAAUGUAAAAUGUUUAUUUUCUAGUGUAAAUGUUUGCCUUUGUCACAGCGUCACAGACUCCAACCUUGCAGCUCACACACUCCCUGAAAGCUUUUUUUAGAAUGAUUUAUAUUUAUGUUCUCCUCACAACUGUAUUUGUAUCUUUAUAUCGCGGCGUGGAAAUAUUACUUAUGUCACAAUGGCAACCAUGCUCACACACUGUGAAACGCAAUAGAAGAAGAGAUCAGAUAACGUGUACAUACACAUCGGUUAAGUCAAGAUAUGUGGAGUGAGUUUCUAAUGUGAGCACGGCUUCAACAAGUAGUGCACAGUGCAGACAUGUUAACUGAAGAGUGGAGUGUGUGUGCCUAUUAUUACUAAUUAACAGCUGAACAUAAAACUUAAAGCAAUACAUAAGUCACUGUAUUCUUUGUACUGCUACUAAAGUACACACUUUUAUGUUUUUGACAUCUUUGUUGAUUCUGUCACUGUCUGCUCUCAGUGAUGUGUGUCAUGUCAUCUUCAUGUAACACACACUGCCACACAUUUUCAAGCACAUACAUUGAAUGUUCCAGUUUGGAGGAUAUGGAAGGAAAAAAGGGGGUGGGUUCUGUUUAAUAUGUUCAAAAACCAGGCAGUAGAAGAAGUCAGUGCUCUAUUAAGAGUCCGUAUGUGUGAAUGUUUUACAUAAUGAUUAUUUGCAUUCUAUAGCUCGCUUCAUGUCUUUCUUUCUCUUAAUUUCUGCCCUCAUUAACCUGUUUGGGAAGCUUUCUUCAAUAUUCUUUAUGCAGUAAUGGAUGAUAUGGACACAGAUUUCCUCCCUUCCACAGAGUGAUGCCUGUUAUAUGAUUAUAGUCCAAGCGUCAACCUCUGGCCGUGAGAAUUGAAGCCAAUGCGGAAGUAUUAAAAACUUUCAAGUGUCUGCUUGAGGCUGGUUUCGGAAGUAACAGAAACCACAUACACACCAAUUUAAAAAAAAAACAAUCUUUACAGCAGAAAUAAACAUGUUUACAGCCUGGUACAAAAAGCGAGUGUAGUCUGGAUAGUUAAUUUCUCGAUCGACACAUUUGAUUGUGGGGGUGAUUUAUUUCAUAACCCACCAUUUUCGAAGAUAUUGAGAUUACGAGUUUUCCAUUAUGAGAGGCACAGCUGACUUGAUUGACAGGCAGGAACACUGUAGCUGUUGGCUAGGAGGCUCAAAGCCUGCCUCUUCAUGUCACACUCGCUCAACAGCAGUUAUGUGGAGUUCAACGUUUCCAAUAUGGCUGCCGCCCACGACUUGCCUCAAAACAGUGCUUAAGAAACAGAUAGGUGACGUCAUGGAUACUAUGUCCAUUAUUUAUACAGUCUAUGUUAUAGUCCUACUAAUGUGUCAGCCUGUCCCACAUCAAGUCAGGACCAAAACAGCCCUGACCUGAGGAGACAUGGACUCUACUAGACCUCUAAAGGUGUGUUGUGGUAUUUGGCAGCAGAUCCUAUUAAAGGUGACAUAUCAUGCAAAAUCGACUUUUUAAUGGUUCUCUACCUGAAAUAUGUUUCCCUGGCAUGUCUACAAACCCCCCGAAAAUGAUAAAAAUCCAUUCUGCCCCUGUUCUGAUUUCUCCACCUUUCUGUAAAUGUGUGCUGAAACGAGCCGUUUCAGUUUUCAGUGUUUUUCAUACGUCACAACGCCAUCCGGUCUGUAACGGAAGUCAGAGCUCGGAGCUUGUUCAGCCCAGACUGUAUAAAAUACAACUCAACCCCUCCUCCGUUUUUCCAUUAACUGCACACGUGUGCUAACAAGGAGCUUAGGAGGGAGGCAUGCUAGUUGUAGGCUGUCUUAAUAAACACAAAGGUCAGAUUUACUCCCCACGUCUGCAGAUUUGAAGAUCUAGUGGAUGAUUUUUAUUUUUCAUGGAAAAGUGCUAGCGCUAGUUAGCAUAGCCACAUAGCUACAUGUUCGUCGCUGUGUACCAAGACCAACGUCUACAAACUGAUAAAUAAAACAACAAGAAACACAAAAUCUGUGACCAAUCGUUCAGAAAGGUCCUGCUGCAGGCGCCUCUCCGUCAGGAUCAGAUUGUGGAUCAAAUUCAGAGGGUUGAAGUAACGCGGGUCUGUGAGCAGCCGUGUAUAUUCAGCCAACAUGUAAACAUUAGAUCAACGUGCUGGAGAGCUGAGGACUUCCUGAGGGGGCAUGGUCAGAGAGGUCAUUCUCAUUUAAAGGCACAGACACAGAAAACAGCCUGUUCUGAGCAGGGCUGAAAAAGAGGGGUUUACAGGCAUGCCAAAAUCUGAUUUCAAAGCGUUUUUUUGAGCAAAAAACUUUAAAGACAUGUUUUGGGGACCUCUUAGACCAAUAUAUUUUGAUGAAAAAGAGCAUUAUAUGUCACCUUUAAGUCCUGCAAGUAAAGAAGUGAAGACUCCAUGGAUCAGACUUUGUAGUCCAGCACGUCCCACAGAUGUUCGAUUGAAUAGGUGUCUGGGGAAUCUGGAGGCCUAGUCAACACUGAUUUGUUGCUUCUGGCCACCUUCUUCCAUCGCUCUGUGGUCCACAGUUUGUCAGCCUGCCAAAGAGCCUGCUUUGAGUUAUAUUUGAGCCCCACUUUAACGUCACAUAUCUUUAAAGUCUGUGGCUGUUUUUUCCUUAUUAGCAGUUCCAUGAUUUUAUUUCCCAAAUCUGACCUGUGCCUCUGAAUCAACUGUGGCCACUUGAUGCAUAAUAUGGUGACACAUUCCUCUGGCCUGGUGACUUUACUCUGACUGAUGGUUAAUUUGCUGUUCAAAACAAAGCAGCUGGACACGUGUGCUCUCUUUGCUCUGACCUCCACCCUCGUGUGUGAAAUGUCUGUGUCUGUUCAGACCACAGACAGGCCUCUGUGUUUGUAGAUGUGAACCGCUGAGGCAGCAGGCUUUAGACAGCACUGUCCGCCUGCCUGUCUUCCUGACGGUCUGUUUUCCAUUCCGACUGUCUGCCAUAAUGUAUUCAGGUGUCAGGCCUGAAUUUAUUUUAGUGAUAUUCUAUCUGUAGAGUCAGCUUUUUCUCUGCAGUGCUCACUUACUGUAAGGCCAGGCUUUUACACCACUGGGCUGUGAGUGUGUGUUGAUGUCAGAACUUAUGGGGACAAAAAUAAUCUGAGCUAAAAUAAUUCAAGUACAGUUUCAGGAGAGCACAGUGCAAAUCCAUAGAGAAAGAGAGAAAGCUUUGAAACCUGAAGAAGAAUCACUUUUUUGUAGGUUUGAAUGGACUCAAGUUGUCUGCUGUUUUCAAGGUCUCCCACUCGUUUUUCACUCUUCACCUGCAAAAACACUUAGAGUAGAAAUUAUUCUGUUUACUGAUGAGCAAAGUCUCACUCUAGACCUCGUCUAAUUGCUUAUUUGCCUUAUUUUUCUUCUCAAUAUUAUCCAACAUAAAAGGAAAAUCUCUGUCUGAUCCAUGCAAAGUGUGAAACUGUUCACCGCAGCAUUUUCCUACCACCAUGCUCUAAAGGUGGGGAACUAAAACGCGAUAUCAUCGUGGUAAUCGUGCUUAAUCUGGAUGUUUUUUUAUCGUUUAAAUUCUUCCUAAUAUAUUCUGCAUCGUAAAACUCGAUAUUGUGAAAAUCUUGUGUAAAAUGAGGCAUAAUUCAAGCCUAUCUAAUCUACAAUUCCUAGCUAACCUUGCUGAUAGCAAAGCAUUUACAUCUUGCUGUCAUAUCAUGUAACAAUAUAAAACUAAAAUGUAGCUUGGAAGUGACUGUAACAGGAAGAAUAAUAUUUUUCAUUAGCAUUCACUGUGUAACACUAUGAAAUGGUGAGGUUAUUUUGGAAGUGGUUGAAUUCAUUUUUUUUUAACUUGUGCAUUUAGAAGCAGUGUUUUGUUCAUGUUAGCAACAAACAUUUUAUCAAAGUUUUUUAUCUUGUCCAUUUCUCUCUUUGAAUUUUGAUAGAUAAUCUUCAGGAUUGGCAGAGAAUCAGAUCAUUGCUAGAUAGGAUUGCAAAAUUCCAGGAUUUUUCAAAGUUGGAAACUUUCCAUUGGAAUAAACGGGAAUUUACUAAAUUGAAGGUUGGCUCUUAAUAGGGAACUUAGGAAGAGCCCAUUGCCUGAAAGAGUUUAGCAAAAAUGCAGGCUAGGCUUGAGAAGAUGCUUUUUUAUUUGCAUGUUGAAUGGGACUUUGUUGGAGGGAGAGGGGCUCUCUUCAUUUAACAUUUUGAAUGGGACUUUGUUGGGAUCACAUUUUUGUUAAUUUUUGAAUGGGUUGGGUCGAGGGGUAUGAGUAAUAUUUAACCCAACAUUCAUGUUUUGUUCUUCAAUGAAAGAAUUGAUUGUUCAAUAAAAUAUUUAAUUCUUGAUGAAGUUCUACUUACAAAUACAUAUGUUUAAAUUGUAUUAUUUUGGAUGGAUGUCUGCUUAUAACAAACAAAUAUUUAUGCUUGGAUAUGAUACCUUUCCAUUAAAUUACACUUAAUUCCCAUAAAUUCCCAUAAUUCCCAUAAUUCCCAUAAUUCCCAUGGACAGUUCCAAUUUGGAAUAUUUCCAAAAUUCCCCGGUUUAACUUCUCAUGGAAAUUAACUGGAAAAUUUCUGGAAAUUUACUGGAAAAUGUCCACCCCUUUGCAACCCUAUUUCUAGAACAAGGUGGAAAAAGAAAUAUUCUGCAGGAUUGAGUUAUUAUUGUUUUUGCUAAAGCUUGCUGUCAGUUCUUUUGUUGUGCAAGAUAAGCCUGUUAAAGAACACUUAGAGGACAGGUGUAGCUUCAUGAGAGUGGUGGAGUGUCAUACAGCCAAAAGGUGGUGCUGUAAAGAAAAGCACCUCUGUUUUAUUUAAAGUGUGUUUGAGUGUCCUUCACAUUUCAUAUGAACAGGACAGUUUGGUCAAAAAGCUCAGGUCGCUUGGACUACAGUGGGAUUUCUGUCUCAUGUGCUGCCAUAACAACCUACAGAAAGUAUUGUGGUAAUGUGUGAGGCCUUUAGGUUGUUGACAAUGCUCUCUUGGAUUCCUGAUUUUAUUGCCUCUUACAAAAGCAGCCGUUUUGUGCUGUUGUUUGGUUGUUUUAAGCUGUUAUUUGAUGUUUUAGUGUAAACAUUUUAAGUAUUUUUCUGCCUUUCUUUGAGACAGGUGUGGCAGCUAGUAAUUUACAUGUCAUGCAACCGUUUCACUUUGCCAAAACAAAGUUAGAAUUCACAAUUUAUGUAAGGCGGAGGUACAGAGUGUGUGCUGUUUUUUUUGUUUUUUGCUGUCAGGGGCAACUUUUUCUUCUUUUGAUGCCACAGUCAGAGUGCUGUGUGCGGCUUAUGCACCCUGACAACCUGGUGCUUUUGCAGGAGCUCUGUGAUUGACCCAUGUUGGACAAUCUUCAAGUCAGAGCAAACCAGAGGGAAAGAAAAAUCAAAUCUGUGAGUUGACGUUACAAAAAAAAAUCACGGCUGGUUUAAGGACAGGUGAUUGCCUGUCCCCAGCAAUUUCUUUAAAAUACUAGGUUUACGAAAAAUACUGAACACUUAGACCUUUCAAAUUGGGCCCCUCUCCUCACUCACAUCUUGACAUGCAGAUUGGUGAAAGCUUCUAUCUGUCGUUCCUCCACGCACUGGCUUCCUCGUUUUUCACUCCUAUUAUGUCACCAAAUUGCAGAUAACGAGUUGAACUUGUGUUUCCGUUGUGUCUGUGUGGAGCCAAUAAUUGUGGCUACUGUAGGUGUGUACAUCUAUAAAAAAAAAAAAAGAAGUGUGCUCUUGGCAGGUAACAGGGAACAGGUUGAAAGAAAGAGAGCGAGAGGAAUGGGAAAAAUAACUCCAGCUGCCGUCAGCCGUUCAGCCUGCAGGGAUUUCUUUUUUGUUUGUUUGUCUUUUGGCUUUCUCCUCCUGUCGGCUCGCUCACUGAGGAGCGUUGCUUAUGACUGCCAGACUCCUGCAUGCUGCACAUACCUGCUGCAAAGCACACACUCAGACGCGCUGCACUGUCUCCUAUCUGCUCUGGUUUUUGCAUUAGUUGGACUCAUGUAGACCAUUUCCUCCUGUCUCCACUCACAUGACUCAGAUGUUUACUGAUGAUACAUUAUUGUUCUCAUGUUCAUCUGUAUGUUGUCUCUUCAUGUUCAUUUUUACCACAGGCUGACAUUCUUCCUUCCUGAUAAACAGAUAACUCAUAUCUUUAGUAGCUUAGAUACACAUAAGGUGUAUGUAUUUGGCGUUAAUGUAAAGAACAAUCUGAUUGGACCUGCAACAUUUACUGUUUAUAGAGAUAGAUGAUGUAUCUCCACCUCUGAUGCCAAAAUAACCGUGCAACAUGACGCUGAGAUCUUGUUAUUUAGAGUCUGUGUAGUAAGGAUCAGCUCGUGGAACCACAGCGAUGACAGUCCUGCUGUCUUUAGUCUUUAGUUAAAGUUUAGUGACUCUUGUGUUUGUUUUGUGAAUUAGUGUUCUGGUAAUCUGGAUCACAUAAUGCUGCAUUUGUCAACAGCGCUGUCAAUCAGAGACUUAAACCACAUAUAUAACUUAAAGAUAAUUGGUUAGAAAAAUCUGAAUUAGUUUGAGAAAACGUUUUUUGCACGUGUUUUGAUUUGAACGUUUCAUCCUUAUCCCAUUUUUUUUUUACAGCAGCCAGUCAGAAGUGGGAGCUGUAAACCUUUAAGGCUGAUUUAUACUUCGGCGUUGCCCCUACGCAGCAGGGGCUGACACGGACAUGAGCGCCACAUACUUGUGCGUCGAUGUGUCCGUGUCACGCAGCACGGAGUUUCGCAAUCCCCCUCCAAAACGCUUGAGGGUGGCUCGGUCUCUCUAAUAGCCGGUCUACUGCUUUCGGCCCCGCUACGAUCUCUUUUUACUUUUCCACAGAGAUUCAGAGCGUGUUAUGUUAAUCUACAGCUGAUACAUGUUGCUGUUUAUCAUACAGUCAUGAUUACAUGAAGAAUAGAGAGGAGGAGAUAAAAUACACGGACGAUGAGCGGGGAUCCCAGAAAUACAAUGGAAAAACAAUGCUGCCAAGCGGACCAAUCACAGGGCUUGUGGUCUGCAUCGAUUCUACGAGUAGUUACAUUUUGUAGGUGGUGCAUGUCAGCUACAUGCGUACGCCUCUGCGUAGGUACGAGAGCUACAUGGACCCCUGGCCAAGUGUGUCAAGUCCUUUUCGUCAAACUUCCAAACGUGACCUUUCCUUUAUUUUCAGCCCCAAGCUUGUUCACUCCCACUAAAAAUGCAAAUACUUGAAACCUGUUCACAAUAUAUUAUUUUAUAAACAGCAGGGAUUUGUAGUUUCAAGCAAAUGCCUCACAAAUAGAAGGAAAUGGUGCGUUAUUUUGGUACUGAGGUAUUUCAGCCAUGGAUUAAAGGUACAAUCAGUAAAUUUUCCUCCUUUAUUGCAUUAAAAACUUCCAUUUUCCAAACUUUCUUUUUGAAUAAUUUCUCCUGGAAUCAGAUUAGCUAAGUGUCACAAGCUAUUCCCAUAUUACUUCUUUUUCUCAGCACUCUUUAUUAUUUUUGUUUAUUCUAACAAAGGACUACUUCUGUUACCUUUAAUACUACAAGCAGACGGCAGAAGAACUUCAUUUGAACUGUUUUAAAGUUGCCUUUUAUGUAAUGUGAUGGAUCGAUCAUUAAUGAAGUUCCUGAUGUUGCCAUGUUACGUUGCCAUGUUAAACCCCGCCCCUCAAAGUUGUAGUACGAUAAACAUGUUUAUUAGGGAAUGUAUUCUGGAGUGAAAUCUUGCUCUUCUUCUUCUUCUGUGCCUCUCUGUGCCACUUAUUAGAUGUGACGUCUUUCAUGAUUGUACACAAAGUUAACAUAGCACAAACAAGCCUGCUUAGGUAUAAUCAAAGAAGGAUGCUUCUGUUUUGUUGAACAUCAGUACUUUAAACCUUUUAGUGAGCCAGCUGCAAUUUACUGAAAGUUCAGGAUGAAUUCUGUUUCUGUGUAAACGCAGCAGCAGCUGAUUUUUCUUUUGCUCCGUUUCCUAAAUUAAAACACUGAUGUGAAAACACAGCUGUUUUUUUUUUUUUAUAAAAGGCGUCCAGUUACAUCAAAACGGAAAAACUUCUUUUCAAAUUUCUCCAGGUCAUUACCAAGAUUUAUUUCUGUUCGUGUGAACAGAGCCUCCUUUAAAGCUUCAGUGCGUUGCCAUUGUACCAGGUUGGUGGUGAGGCUGGACUUUGCAAUAGUGAAUGACUGUGUGUGUGCGUGUGUGAGAGUGAGUGUGUUGAUCAAAAAGCUUUGCAAUACUGAAGUAUUUCAGAUUUUUCUGACCUGUUUUCUGGCUGUAGCUUAAUUAGAUUUGCUGUGCUUCUUGCUUUGUAAACAUUUUUUUGUGGAUUUUUUUCUGACCUGAAAUAUACUGUAGAUUUUGCUAAAUUUUAUAUCACACUGACAUUGCUAUUGUUUUACUGUGAAUAAGGUAUUUCUAGAGCAAUUUGAGCAUGCAUACUUACAACUGUAAUAUAUAGAACAAACUGUUUUCAGUAGUUAAUAAUAUAUUGCAUUUGGACUGACGCAGACAGAACACAACAAACAUUGAUUUUAUUUAUUUUUUCAUUGUGUAUUUAUGGAUACUUUUACCUUCCAUAAGUCUUUCUUUUUGUCUUAUUUUUUGAAAAAUAUAUAUAUUUCUUUUCUCUUAUUCUGAGCAGAAGGAAAUGUCUUUUACAUUCCUAAAUAAAAUGUGGACUGAAGCGCA